AUGUUUCCAGAUUAUACGUACGAGCCCGGAAAGGGCAAGAACAAGGACGAUGAAGAUGAAGAGGGGCCCAAGAAGGCUAACAAUCCCACGAAGACAACCAAGAAGAAGGCUGGGGUCUACGCUCAUCUUCCCCUCGAUCAACCCAUUGUCAUGCCCCCCUACGAUCACGAUGACAUACUCAACAAGUGCGUUGCCGAGUUUCACCUGUUCGCUUUGGAACAAGAGAACGCUGCCGAGCAGGGUGACGAGCAGGAGGUGGACAUGAACGUGGACAUGAACGACGGAUGGAUGCAGUUCGAGCAGGCUCUCCCGGAGCAAGACCAGGUGGAAUGGCCCCAAUUUGAGGAGGACUUCAAUCAGCUCUACCCUGUGGAGGAGCUCAUGUCGCCAGAUGAGUUGCGAGCGCUCAUGGACGAUCUUGACAUAGAGUAG